AAUUCACCACUUAAGCCUGUCACUCGGCGCCUUGGAAUCCAGUGUUCGAGCCGAACUCGUGCGUUCCGCGGCAGUGAUCGCGGCACCAUUUGGGAGCCUGGUCAGCCAGCGAUUACCGAGGCACGAGAUCAGUUGCGCCGUUACACCCGGAAGCAAGACUCUGUCACCAUGGUGGAAUUGUUAGACGCUAUGCUAGACGUGCCCAAAAUUUACUACGGAGCCCUGCUUGGGAUAGGAUUCUGCACUUACUAUCUAUGCGAAGUAGUCAAAAAACCGCUACUUGUCUGCGCACCAGGACCGUUCCGGGACUUUCUGGAGAAAAACAUUCCCAUAGUUACGAACAAGUUUUGGCCGACUUUAUGGUGCUUCGAGUCUCGGGCGCAGACAGUGAUGGCAAGCGUUCUACGCUCAAGAUAUCUCCCGAAGGUGAUGUAUCGUCGAGAGAUUCUGGAGCUCCAAGAUGGGGGCGAAGUUGCUUUGGAUUGGGCGGAAGCGAACUGCUCGCCGCAUUCUCCGAUCGUCAUCAUUCUACCCGGGCUUACAGGCGCCAGUCAGGCCGACUACAUAAAAUGUCUGGUUAGUGCUGCGAAAAAAGUUGGUAUCCGAUGCGUGAUAUUCAACAAUCGUGGUCUAGGAGGGGUUCAGCUAAAGACGCCACGGUUGUACAGCGCGGCCCACUGCGAUGACUUGUCUGAGGUUGUUGAUCACGUGAUGAAACUUCACCCCAGCGUUCCUUUGGGAGCAACAGGAAUCUCCAUGGGAGGGCUUAUCCUGGGGAAUUAUCUCGCUCGUGAAGGAGCUGCUGCAGCCUCGAAGCUUAAGGCAGCCAUGUGCAUUUCCGUACCUUGGAACGUAUUCGAGAGCACCAAAAGCAUUGAAAAGCCGUUCCUCAAUUUAAUGCUGAAUAAACACCUUGCCGAAAAUCUUUGCCGUAACUUGAAGAAGGCGGAACUCCAGUCCAACGCAACCGAAAAACCGUUCAACUGGGGCGCUGAUAACAUGCUGAAGAGCUGCAAGACCGUCAGGGAUUUCGACCAGAACUUCACGAUUAAACAUUUCGGUUACAAGAAUGUCGAGGAGUAUUACGCGAACGCGACGCUCCACGACAAACUACAUUGCAUAGAGGUUCCCAUACUCUGUCUGAGUGCGGCCGAUGAUCCAUUCCAGCCUCUUGAAGCCAUUCCCAUCGCAGAAGCGAACAAAUCGAAGAACGUUGCCAUCGUCGUGACGUCACGGGGCGGUCAUAUAGCAUUCCUUGAAGGCGUUUGGCCUGUGAAACAGGAACAAUACAUAGGAAAACUAUUCUCCCAAUACUUCGCGGCCAUAUUCACAACAGACUUGAACUGUCGCCCGAUUUAACGGAUUACGCUCGCGGAAUCAAAUUCCAGCGGAAAGAAAAACUAUACAUAUAUACAUAUAAAUACAUACGUACACAUAGGUGUAUAUAGAUAAGGAUAAAUCAAGGGACGAAUGAUCAGAAUUAAUUAAUAUUAUAGGCUAGACAAAUUUGAUAAGAAAAAAAAAAAUUUAGAGUAAUAUUAUUAAGUAUGUGAUUAAUCGGUUGAUUGAUCGGAUAAUACGAUGAAUAUAAUUCCUAAAAAAUUUUGAUGAAGUUUUUUUUUUCGCUUACUCCGCACCUCGACUGUUUUCGUAUGGUUGCAUUUCUGUACCAAUUUCUAUCCUACUUGGAGACGACUUUUGAGAAA